AUGCCGCAACCCAUGUUCAGGUUUGAUGAAGAAGAGGCUCAUACCGUGGACUCUCAAUCAGGUCCUCCAGAUUACGAAGUUUUGGAGUUGAGCGACGAGGAGUUUGUUGACCAACCUGGCCCUACAGUUUUGCUUGGGACGAGCUCUGCCUCACAUGGUUUACACAGUUUUCAUUUGAGCGCGAGAAGGAAGUCAUCUGUGCUCAGAAGGAUGUCUGUAGGAAGCAUUUUAUCACAGCAAAGCCAUGAGUUUACUAUCAAAUCAUAUGAUACCGGCAAGUUCAACCUGGAACCGGAGCCACAGGCCGCAAAGGUGAAUAUUUCAGAGUUCGAGCCAAUAAAAGCUCUCGGCCAGGGUGCCUACGGAAAGGUUAUAUUGGUGAAAAGAAAAUCAACGGGUCAAUUGUUCGCACAGAAAGAACUCAAGAAGGCAUCUGUGAUAGUCAACAAGCAAGUUGAAAGAACGAUGGCAGAGAGGACGAUACUGGCACAGAUAUCAAAUCAUCCUAACAUAGUAAAACUAUUCUACGCCCUACACGAUCACGAGAAAGUGUACUUACUGUUGGAGUAUAUUCCCGGUGGAGAGCUAUUCAGACAUUUGGCGCAAAGACGGGUAUUCAGCGAAUCAGUCAGUGCAUUCUACACUGCUCAAAUGGCUCUGGCACUGAAACAUCUUCAUGGGCUAGGAAUUGUGUACAGAGACCUGAAGCCCGAGAACUGUUUGCUCGACUCACGGGGCUUUUUGGUCCUGACAGACUUUGGGCUCUCAAAGGAGUCUGACGAGACGGUCUCAGAUAAAGGGUUUUGCAAGUCCAUUAUUGGCACACCAGAGUAUAUGGCCCCAGAGGUUCUCAGAGGUGAGGACUAUAGCUAUGGCGUUGACUGGUGGUCUCUGGGUGCUGUGUUAUUCGACAUGAUCACGGGGAAUCCUCCUUUCACGGGGAACAGCCACAAGGCCAUAAGUGACAAAAUUAUCAGGAGCAAAGUGGCAUAUCCAACAUAUCUAUCGGCAUAUGCAAAGACGCUUCUGUCCCGACUUUUGAAUAAGAACCCAGCAAAGAGGCUCGGAGAUGAUAGAUGGGAUGAUUUUAAGAAGGAAAGAUUUUUUCGAGAAAUCCACUGGGGAAAGCUAUUCGAUCAGGAUCCCAGUAUCGUUCCCCCAAUUAUACCCUCCAUCUCUAACCCAGAGCUUGCCGAGAACUUCGACGAGAUGUUCACAUCCAUGAAAUUGAGCAGUUUCGAAGAAGGAAGCAAUAUCGAUAUCCACCCAGGUCCAAUCAACAUCCAGGAGAACACUGUGGAAUACUUCAAUGGAUUUUCCUACACCGCCAAAGGAAGCUUUGUGAACGCAUAUAUGAGAGAUCAUAGUACAUAG